CACGCCCUAUGGACAAUGGAAAAAAAAGUUGGCUGGAGUCAGAAGUUAAAUCACGGAAAAGAUAUGUGUAGCUGGUUAAUCUAGCCCAAAGGCUGAGGAGGAGGAUCAUUGAGACAAGGAGCGCAGUUGCUGAAAUUUCUUACCUUUUUUUGUUCCCUGAUCUAACGAUAUGGAGGCAGCCAUUCAGACGGUGGUGACUACAUUUCUCAGUUCUGCCAGAGGGAAAGAGAACUUAGAUGGGAAAGCCUUUCAGAAAAUGGUAAAGAAACAGCUUAGUGGCAUCAUGGAGGACACAAACAGCUCCUCCGCCGUUAAGGAGAUGCAGCAGGGACUGGAUGAGAACAGCGACGGAAAAGUCAGCUUCCAGGAAUACCUCACUCUGAUUGGCUACGUGGCCAACUCCCUCAGUCAAAGCAAGAGUGGAUCCAACGCAGCAGCAUCAUAGAUGCUUCUCCCAACAUGUAACCUGUGAAGUUUGGUGAAUCAGCAAAUUAACAGCCUUUUUUUCUGACUUGUUAAGUAUCUUUUCUCAUUCCCAAGUGUUUCAGACAUCAUGUAUACAUUUUCAUCAUCAGAACAGUCCAUUAUCAUUUUCAUUUAAUUUCUCCAUCUGUUUUAAAAUGCUCUGAACACAAACCUAAAUGUCUGUCCAGAUCAACCUUUUAUUCAAUCGCACUAUGUUGAUCUCUACUUGCUGUCAAGGACACAUUGAAGGACUCUGAGCUGGGCGUGUCUGUUUUAUACUGAUAAUGCAAAGGAUACUAUUUUCAAAAAUAAUAAAUGCUUUAUAUUA